GCAACCAUUAUUGCAUGGUUUGAAGCUGAUUCUAUCUGUGGUAGUCACUCUGUUGUAAUUCCUUUCGUCCUCGUCUUCCCAUACCUUUGUCGUCUUCUUCAAUGUCUACGGAAAUACCAGGAUACUCCCUUUUGAAUGGUAUUCUCACAACUUUAACCCUUUCCUAUUGUCUUGUCUUGUUAAUUGCAAACACAAUAUUGCUAUUAUUUUGACCUGCUAAGAAAUGCAAAAUCUAAUUUCAUCUUUGGAUUCAUGGAUGUUCAGAGGGGCUGGAAAAAAUCUCUGGCGCAUAAAUUUGACAUUCAUUAUUUUUAUUAGGAAGUUAUGCACCUUGAACAGUUUUGACUGUAGACAUGGAUGCAUGCCUCAGGUGCUUGGUCUUUUGCCAAAUAAAACUAUUUAUUGUUACAGCUUUUACUAGUUUCAGAUGAUCAUAUUUUGGUCGAAGCAUAUUUUCUGUUGUUUGGUUUCUAGGACGAGUUCCCAAAAGUUUCCUUUGUAAUUUCACUUCAAAUAGGCAAUUGAUCAUAGCAAUAGAGAUUAUGCAAAUAGUAUCGACUGUGAUUGCUAAUUGUAUUUGCCCAUAGUUUUAUGCAUAUGAGCCCAUUUCUUUCUUUUGAUUUACAUUUUGAGCACUCUCAUCGUCAUUCUUGCUUGUAAAGGAAUCUUGGUAAAGGAAUUUUGCUAAAUUUCGAAACAUCUUGUAAAGGCAUGGAAGGUGCCUAUGUUUGGCAGACACUAAUUUCGCAAUAUUUUUAUGAAUACUGCAACUUUGUGAUUUCAACUUUCCAACAAAUCAUGGUAAAGUGAUAUUCCCCCCUACUCAUUUAAUGUCACAUUCCUGUCUAGUUAGAAAUUUAGAAAGUUUACAUAUAUUUUUAUUCCAAAAAUACCCUUUUUCAACACCUAUCAACUAGGGUUUUGUAAGAGUUUAUGCCUACGAGAGAAGUUGCUCAAAGGUAAUUCAAGAUCAUAUGUUUUUAUUCCAAAUGUUAAUGGGCUUUUGCUUGGACAUCCCUCAAAGCAGGGCUCAUUAUCUAUCUGGCCUUUAAAUGCUAGAUGCUUGUUACUUGAUUUGCAUUUCUGAAAUACUCGACAGCAUUUUUCUGUCGGCCCUCAAGUAUCAUGUAUUUCCUGAUAAUUUCUAUCACCCCAGAGUCAUUAAUUCAUUUUAUUCAUUUUUAUGGGAUGCGACGGAUGAUCGGGACUUGAGUGAUCUCUCCCGAAUUUUCAAGUUCAAAACUCAUCAUUUCCUCACAAUCUUACUUUAUGAGAGGCAAUGGGUAUAUUAUUGGGUGAUUGGAAGCAACCUGAUUUCUAGAUCAAUGCACAUGGACAUACAAACUUUCGGCCAUCUUCGUCAUAAUUAUCUAAACAUUAUUCACAAUCUUGGCAUUGGAUAUCUUUGCGGUGAUUUCAGUGGAUUUUUCUUUCGAGGUUGA